UCAGUAUUUUAAGGUCUGGCAUCGUCUUGAACAGAGUGAGAGUGAGGAUGAAAAAAGUGACACAAAUGGCGGAAAAUUGUGUGUGCGCCAACUUUUGUAUUUAAUUGAGAAUUAUUGUAAAAAUACGCGACUAUUUCACUGUCUAAACACGCUCUAAACUGACUCGAGCACCUUUAUUAUAUACCAAUUAUAGCUUAUAGACUCCCAUUUAGGUGCGUACAAUGUAUAAACGCAAAUCUGUAGGUAUUGUUAACAACACCAACACGGAGGCGACUUGCAGCAGUGCGCCAGAUGAUGCAGAUGCAGAGCACGAGCAUGCGGAAGUGGUAGUGUCAAAUGCAAAGCGUUGCGAAUCGUACUACAUGGAAUUGGACCGGGGGCAGGAACAGCAACCGCAGCAGGAACAAGCGCUGGCAACUCCCUCACAACGCUCUGUAGGCUCUUUAGUGUUGCUGACCCAGAAAUUUGUAGAGUUGAUGAAAGAGAAUGGUGGAUCGAUUGAUUUGAAAGAGGCAACAAAAAUAUUAGAUGUGCAAAAAAGACGUAUUUAUGAUAUAACCAAUGUUUUAGAGGGCAUUGGCUUGAUUGAUAAAGGCCGCCACUGUUCAAUUGUUCGCUGGCGUGGCGGUGGGUUCAACAAUUCAAGGGACCGAAGGAUAUAUGAAGUGGCAUGCCAACGCACAAGCAAACUGAAAAUGGUGGAGGAGGAGCUGGACACCGAAUUGGAAUAUGCGCAGCGUAACUUACAAUAUAUCAUGCAAGAUCCAACCAACCGGUCCUAUGCAUAUUUAACACGUGAUGACCUUUUAAAGAUCUAUGGAGAUAAUUCUGUUUUUACAAUACCCAAUAAUGACGAAGAAGUGGAAAUUCAGAGGAGUGAUGAUAAGCUACGUGUUUCCUUGGACAAUGGCAGCACAAUUGACAUACGUUUGGUAACAACUCAAGGCAAAAGCUUAACAACGCCCAGCGAAGCAAGAGGAAUGCUAGACUAUCGGCGUAUGGACACACCAUCGCCAUCGACGUCCUCGCAAUCUAGUGAUACAUCGCCGGCUGGAACGGGUAAUGUCAUCACAGACGAGCACACGUACUCCUGUAACCCUGAGCUUAAAGAUGAAAUGAAGGCGCUUGAAAAUGAGCUGACUGCAAAAAUCAUAUUUCAAAACUAUUUGGCUGGUCAUUCACUCCGAAGAUUUUAUCCAGAUGAUCCAAACUUAGAAAAUCCGCCGCUUGUGCAGUUAAAUCCACCACAGGAGGAUUUUAAUUUUGUGCUAAAAAGUGACGAAGGCAUAUGUGAACUUUUUGACGUGCAAUGUACUUGAUUCAGCCCUGUGCAUAUGGCGCAUGGGCAACUGAAAAGCGGAACAUAUGUAAUUGGCCGAAUGCGUUUUUGUGCAAAUAUUUAAACUUAGUACAAUUUUUGACUUUCGACUUCUUUUAUUAUGUAGAAAUUUAUAAUUAGAUUGAUUUUAUGUAUUUUUGAGAAAACACCAACAAAUAAAAAAUUCGUAUUUAAAGUA